AGAGAUUCUAGAAUCAAACCUUUUUUUGCUUCUGGAAUGUUUAGUUUAUUGCUUUAUUUCUAUUGUAGGCAAAGCAUGCAAUUAGAUGAUUCUGAAUUCAUCAUCAUCUCAUGUGUAUCUUGAUUGGGGUGCAGGUUAAAAUGAAAUUAACAACUUUGGGGCAUGCUCAAAGUGAGGAAACAAGAGCGAAAAUUGGUGCAGGAGUGCGCGAGGGUUGGCGUAGAAGACAACAAAGGCUGUCAGUGCAGGAUGGUUGUUUUUUUGAAUGGAAGAACAUUAUAGCCGAAUCUGCUAGAAAGGGUUCUGCUGGUGAAUACAAGCUGCAAUGGGAUUCAUUUCAUACGCAGGAAAGACAACUAAAGCUGGAGUGGUUGGAGAGCAUCGAGAAAAGGAAACAAAUGCCUAAACCCAAAGGGAACAAUCGGGCACCAAAAUCGCUUGAGCAUCGUAGAAAGAUUUCAGAAGCAAUCUUGGCCAAAUGGAAUGAUAAACAUCUUGUUGCACUUGUUUCAUGGGAAUAUCGAGCUCGAGUUUGCAGUGCGUUGAAGAAGUAUCAUUCCACAUCUAAUCCAAGAGAAAGAAAUCAAAGAAAACCUAGUAGCACACCUCGUACAAUUGACACGGUGCCAAAGAAAAAAACCCUUGAGAUGAAGCUAAUUGCUGAAGCUGAGAAGGUUGCAAAAACCCUUGAGAUGGCUGCACCGAAGAGUUCACUUGCACAGGCUUCCCUUAUGGAAACCAGAAUGCUCAUUGCCGAGGCAAGACGAUCCAUUGGGAUCAUAGAGGCUGGAACAUCGACAGUGCAGGAGUUUAGAGAUGAAAAAUCUUUAGACUCCAAUGGAAAAUUAAAUCAUUUCCAGUCCAGUUCAGGACUACCGAACACUGAAAAAUUAGAUCAAAGGCCUAUAAAUGGUUUCCAUCAUCCAAUCUCUACUAAAACUCGCCCAAUAAAGACUGAAUCAUUUGGUCAGUCCCAGUGUAAAGAGUAUUAA